UUCCUCCCGGUCUGUUUUUAUUGCGCCACCCGCAGUAGCGUUAGCAGCACCACUGAUUCUCAGCGUGUCUUAUCAUUUUAGUGACAUUAAUGUUACUAAAAUUGUGUUAUUGUUACAUUAAAAUGUUAUUAUAUCAUUUAGUUGAUUGAAUUCAGCUUCAACUCGCUGCUUUUAAACAUGUGUCGGCUUCCUGGACUCCGUGUUUGUCAUAAAUGAAGACCUCCUCAUCAAUGGCUCAGCUGUGGUCGAAAAUCUUUGCCGUUCUGCCUCCUAAUGAGGACCAGUUUCCCCUGCACUUCAGUGACACAGUGGAGUCAAGUGUGCUGGAUGUGCUGAAACGCUCCAGGCAGCAGCUGUACAGCGACACUUCCAGGGCCGCCCGUGUGCUAAGCGCGCAGAUCGUUUUGGAUUUUUCGUGGGAGAAGCUCAACACGGGAACGUGGCGCCAAGUGGACAAAGAGUGGAGACGUGUCUAUUCUUACGGGUGCCUUUUCAAAGUGGCCGCACUGUGUCGUGACGGUCCAUCGGAGGACGAGGUGCGGCAGGCCGUCAGGACUUGUGACAUGGGUUUACUCAUGGGUGCGGCCAUCAUGGACAAUAUACUCCAGGUCAUUGUUAGGAUUCUCCAAAAUGAGGUCAGAAAAUCUUCUAAGGAAGACGAUGAAGCUGAACAAGUGGAGGUGAAGAGAAUAAAGAUCGAGCGCCCACAUGUUCCUGUGAUCAGAGAGGAGUCGGCGCUUCCCAGGGUAAAGCGUCCAUCACUGGAGAGCUUCAACACAAACUAUCUGCUGCCUCGCAAACCAGUGGUUUUGGAAGGAAUCAUUGAUCACUGGCCGGCGCUCAACACACACCCAUGGAGCAUAGAGUAUUUGAGGUCCGUGGCCGGUUGUCGAACUGUUCCCGUUGAGGUGGGAUCCAGGUACACGGACGAGGAAUGGUCACAGGCGCUGCUCACGGUCAAUGAAUUCAUCGAUCGAUAUAUCUGCAAUAAAGAUGGAGGGAAAGGUUUGGGCUAUCUGGCUCAGCACCAGCUUUUCGAUCAGAUACCAGAGCUGAAGGAAGACAUCCGCCUCCCUGAUUACUGCUGUCUCGGUGAAGACGACGAAGAUAACAUCACCAUAAACGCGUGGUUUGGACCCGGCGGUACAGUCUCUCCUCUUCACCAGGACCCUCAGCAGAACUUCUUGGCUCAGGUUGUGGGAAGCAAAUACAUUCGCCUUUAUUCCCCGGAGGACACAGACAAGCUGUACCCUCAUCAGUCACAGCUGCUUCACAAUACUAGUCAGGUGGAGGUGGAGAAUCCAGACACGGAGCUUUUCCCGGCGUUUGCCAAAGCUCCGUUUCUCGAGUGUGUCCUGCACCCCGGGGACGUGCUGUUCAUCCCCGUCCAGCACUGGCAUUACGUCCGAUCCUUGGAGCUCAGCUUCUCCGUCAGCUUCUGGUGGUCUUGAAUUCAAAAUAUAAUAUAAAAAAAAAUAUAUUUUGCUACCAGAAUUUAAGUUAAGCUUGUUUUCUCAACCCGGUCGCUGGAUAGUUGCCACCGUGUGUUUCUGUAAUGCAGAGAGCAGCUUUAAACGCGUGAGCUUGUGUUUUUGCGACCUUCUGUCGACACUUUUUGACGGAUCAAUCAGAAUUUUUUGAGAUGGGUAAGUAAUCACCCAAGUAUGUUCGCAUAGCAUUUUGGUAAGAAUCUAUCAAAUUCUACUUUGUGGUUCGCAGCGUUGCCUCACAGCAUGAAGGUGCUGGGUUCAGUUCCCAGUCUGGAACUGUUCUGUGUGGAGUUUGCAUGUUCUCCCUGUGUCUCUGCUGGUUCCUCCCAUCAUCGAAACAUGUGUUAAUCACAAUAAACAUCCUUUUACUUUAACUUGA